AUGACGACAUGCAGCUUGAUUCCCACUGCUGGACCAAACCACGCCAGCAUCUCCAAGAAAAAGAGGAAGAGAUCACGAAGGAGAUCAAAUCAACCAAACACUGAUCCAACCCCAUUAAAUCCCACUCCUUGUGCUUUGGGACUCACGGAUGACAUUGACAUCUUGUUUGACGACAGUGAAAUCCCACACCCAAACUCAGUAACGACUGCCAACACAUGGACGCGUGAAAACAUACCAAAGAAGCUCGUAAAGUAUUUCAAUCAGCGGUAUAGCCUCUUUUCGAGGUUUGAUGAGGGGGUGCAGCUUGAUGAAGAGUCAUGGUACUCUGUAACGCCGGAAUGCAUCGCGCGACAUAUCGCUGGUAGAGCUCAGUGUGGGGUUAUUGUGGAUGCUAUGUGUGGUGUUGGUGGGAACUCGAUUCAGUUUGCCAUGUGCUGUGAAAAGGUCAUCGCCAUCGACCACGAUCCACUCAAGAUUGAAAUGGCGCGAGCUAAUGCUCGUGUGUAUGGUGUGGCUGAUAAGAUUGAGUUUGUUGUGGGGGAUGUGUUUGAAGUGUUGCCGACUCUUACGGCCGACGUUGUGUAUACAUCACCGCCAUGGGGAGGCCCUGCGUAUCUGAAUGCAGAGACGUUGGAUGUUGGUGAUUUGCCUGUGGAUAUGGCGAAAUUCUACGCCAUUGCCAAACAAAUCACGCCAAACAUAACCAUGUAUUUACCUCGGAACGUCAAUCCAGAGUCGAUAGCGGCGCUAACGGGAGAUGAUGAAGGGUCGGUGGAGGUUGAAUUGGUUUCUCUGAAUGGACGGGCAAAGGCUGUGAUGGUGUACGUGGGUGGGCUGGUUGGGUCCCGAUGA